AUGAAUGCAGCAAUGUACAGAGACAUCUUUGAUGAAAACCUGCUUCAGAGCGCUCUGGACCUCAGACUGGGGCAGAGGUUCAUCUUCCAACAGGACAACAAACCUUAUUGGCUUGGGGACAACUCUGUGAAUGUCCUCGAGUGGCCGAAAACCUGCAGAGAAAAGAAAGUCUGUGUUGAAACCCGGCUCUUGUUCGCCGCGGUGCUGCCGACGCUCGGCAUGUUCCCGCACGCCGCCUCGUGCACCGAGCUGCUACAGGCUCUGAAUAGUUCAGAGACUGAGAUCCAAACUCCCUCCAUCAUGAAGAACCUCAGUCACUUUCCCUCAGUUUCCACUCAGGGCGAUGGAAACCCAGAGAGCGACAGCGUCGUGAGCAACGACUUCUCCACGUCCUUCGGCGCCCUCAUCCUCGGCCUGGUCUGCCUCCUGGGCGUCCCCGGCAACUUCUUCAUCGUCUGGAGCAUCCUGGCUCGCGUCCGUCGACGCUCGGUCACCACCAUCCUCAUCCUCAACCUGGCGUGUGCCGACGGCUUCCUCAUGAUCCUCACCAUCUUCUUCAUCGCCUACCUGGCCAAGCAGACCUGGGUCUUCGGGAACGGCUUGUGCAAGGUCCUGUUCUACCUGUGCAACUCCAACAUGUACGCGUCCAUCUUCCUGAUCACACUGAUGAGCGUGCACAGGAUGGUGGCGGUGGUGUUUCCCUUGAAACUUCCCUUCGUAGCCAGCAAGAAGAUUGUGAGGAGGGUGAUCAUGGUCAUGUGGGCGCUGGUGCUGCUCAUCGCGAUUCCCUCACUGGUGUUUCGGGACGUGAGAAUAGACAAAAACGAACAGAAUAAGAGCAGAAUUGUGUGUGCGCCCAAUCACACCCUUCCUACACAUGUACGUUUCCAGUACGCCUUCGAGACCGUGUCGGGAUUCAUUCUUCCUUACGCAAUCAUCAUAACCUGCUAUGUGCUCAUCCUGCGGCGCCUGAGGCAGACCACGUUCCGGAGGAAGAUCCGCAGCGAGAAGCUCAUCCUGGCCAUCGUGGUGAUGUUCGGCGCCUUCUGGCUGCCGUACCACGUCAUCAACAUGAUCCAGGUUGCAGCUAUGUGGUACCCAGAGAACUCACGCACGAGAGAAAUACUGGACUACAUCACUAAGACGAGUCGGGCCAUCACCUCGGCGCUGGCCUUCAUCAGCAGCUGUGCCAACCCCAUCCUCUACACCUUCGCUGGGAAGUCCUACAUCAAGAAGAACGGCUUCACCUUCAUGGCGAAGCUGUUCGAGGGAGCGACGUCGGAUCAGUCGGGAAACAAGACGACUACAACGACGGUCGGGGACAAAGAUGCUGGUUAUGAACCAGCUUCCAAGUGA